UACAAUUCGCAGAACUCCGUGAAUUGUACAUUUUACAUCCUUUUAAAGUGAUAAAUUCAUAUCAGUCUGUGUAUCCUUUAUUGAUCAAGUGCUGUAGGGAAACGUCUACAUGUAUCUCAUAAUUCACAUUUAAAAGUUCUGUGUCAUGUUGGAUUGUUGUAAAUGUGUUUCUUUAGAUAAAUGGGUGAAAUUUUAUUUUUGGUGGUAGUGUCUGAGAAAUGGAGGCAAUGAUUCAAGUGAUGUAAUUCAUGAUGAUCAGAGAAAUUUACAUACUGAAGAUGGAAAAAACUGGAAACUCUUGAAAAACAAACUAAUGGGAACUGAUUUACUGUGAUACCUAUAGAAAUGGGGACAAACUCCUCAUUUCCUGAGGGUUCUCCUCCAGGGGGCAGGAUGUCUGCCUUCAACAGACAGACACACAUUUACAAUUUGUCUGACACAGACCUGAGUGUAAAGGAGAAGAAGAAAAAGUCCUCCAAGUUAACCACACUUAGAAAGAGGCUCAUCCGAUCCAGGCGACAUAGCCGCUCAAUGGACUAUGGCAAAGCUUUAAGGGAAAUGAUAACAACAUGGUCCAUACGAGAACUUAAAGCACUCAUUCAGGAGUAUGAAGUGUUAGUCACACUAAAGGAACUCGCAAUGGCAGCCAAUUUGGCUAGACCUUUGGCAAAUUCUUUGAAGCAGGAUUUAGCAAUGUUGUUCGAUUCCAAAUGUUGUACGGAUAUUGACCUUGUAUAUAAAGGAGCAUGUUUCCCGGCUCAUCGUGCUAUAUUAUCAGUGAGGAGUCCCUAUUUUAGGGACUUAUUAAAUCGGUACCCAGGAGUUGGGUGCCAGGUUCCUGUUAAACUACGAACUAUUGGUGUGGAUGUUGUGUUGUUCGCUACAUUACUGCGGUAUCUUUAUACGGAUGAAAUUCAUUCUCAUGAUCUGCGUCCAGACCAUCAAGAAAGUCUAGCUAAGCUGGCAGAUGAAUUUGGUGUUCCAAACCAGCUAGAGCAUGAUCUUAGGGUUCUGUUAGACUCGGGGAAUUACAGUGAUGCUGUGUUAGUGUUCACAUGUGAUGGAAAUUGUACAGACUCUUCACCUGAAAAUGAGGCUCCGUGUAAAUCAGUGGUACAUGAACUGAGGUGUCACAAAGCAAUUUUGGCAGCAAGGUCACCGUUUUUCAAAAAUCUUCUGAUCCGAAGAGCUCGGUCAGGGGAGGAUUUAGGUUUACACACCCAAUCAAAAAUAGUGCUAGAUGAGACAAUAAUUCCAAGGCGUUAUGCCAGAGUACUUUUGAACACAAUAUACCAGGACUCUGUUGACCUAUCGCUGAUAUUAAGAGGCAGUGCAAGCAUGUGCAGUUUAAGUGAAGUCCAAGCUAUCGUAGCAGGGCGAGGUCAGAUGACCUUGAUAGAGGAGGCUAUGGAGGUGUACCAAAUAGGACAGUUCUUGGACUUUCCAGUCCUAUUUCAAGGUUGUGAGGACAUAAUAGCCGAGGGGGUUUCUCUGGACAAUUUGGCUAGUGUGUUGUCAUGGAGUUCUGAACCACAUGGGUCAAAGUGGGUCCACAACCAGGCCCUUCACUUCAUCAGGGAGGAGUUCCUUCAGGUGCUUCACUCCUCGGUUCUCAUGGAACUGUCCAGAGAGUACCUGAAAGAGGCCCUUUCCUCCGACUUUUUACAGGCAGGAGAGUUGGACAUUCUAUCAGCCAUUAUAAAGUGGGGAGAGAAUCAGUUAGUGAAGAGGUUGGAGGAGAGAGAGCCCAACUUACUAAGCCAUACAGCACACAGCAUCAGUAGGAAAGGUGUUAAGAAGCGUGAUCUCAAUGACGAAGAGCUCAAGGACAUACUGGCUGAUUUGCUGCCUCUAAUACGGACAGAUCACAUCAUACCCCACAGCAGUGAAGUUCUUAACAGUGCAAUAAAACGAGGGCUGGUCUGUCGCCCACCAAGUCACAUGAUUGGAGACGAAGGUUUUGUAGUGCAAUCAUCUUCCUGGAUACGAGGCAAAAACAGUGGAUUGUUUAUCCGGCCCAGGCUCUUUGGUCCAUAUUAUGAGGAUGCCAAGACUGUUCUGGAGGAGAGGCUUUCUCAGGGCCAGGACCACGAGUCUGGGCGUGUCCGAACAAUUCAGAUGUCGGCCAUACCAGACACGCUGUAUAUGGUGGAUAACAGCCAUUAUCCAACCGGCCAUGUCAGCCUUCCUAGCUGUAACACUGUGGAUAUCAUAGCAGGGACUAUACCAGUGCCUGACAAUGCCACCAUACACAGAAUGCUGCACAGAGAGAGAGAAUUACAAAAUAGUCCCACUGCCCAGAGAGCUAUGACCCUGCCAUUAAGUGACCGCCGGGCUGUCCACUACCAACUCCGGCUGAGGACAGUCCGUGAGUUUGGACUUCCAGAUUCUACAGUGGAGGUUCUACAGAAUACAAACACUUACUACCCUCCAGACCCUCUACCUCCAUCACUGCCGGCGAAAACCCAUUCACUGAAAAAGUACCUGAUAUCACCACGGAAACGCAAACAGAGUCCACCACUCAGCAAGAGAACCCCUAUCGGGAGCCCCACCAAACCUGUGCAGUGUGUUCCCCCCUCCCGCUCUUCACAGGGGGCCUCCAGAGAGACUGAUUUGAGCCCAUGCAGUGACAGUGCCUUAAGUGACACCAUGCCAGAUAUUGCCAUGGCAUCAGCUUCACUCAGUCAGAUUCACCUUCAGGACGAGUUUGACCUUGACAUUGGUGACAGAGGUAGCCAUCAUGGCACUAUGUACAUUUGAUGUCUGUGUAUGUACAUGGAUAGUUGGAGGGAUUGUUUUCUCUUAUUUAUUACAGAGUUACGUCUGAAAUGGAAUCACCACCUCUGUGUUGUUUAUUGUUGAAAAAGUUUCUAUUUUUAUUCUUUGUUGUCACAUAUCAGAUAUUUUCAUUUACAUUGCAGAAUUAUAUUGCAUGUCAUUUUUAAAAAACCCCAAGAUGAAGUGAAAUAUACAUGUACAUGAUCUACAUUCACUGUACCAUUAGUUUGUUGGUUACUUUGUAUUCAUAAUUUUUCCUGCAGAUAUGUUGAAAGUCAAAGAAUAACCUAAUUUUCAAGGUAGCAUUUCUGUACAAGUGGCAUGAUAACAAACCAAAAGAAUAGGAUAUAGAGUUCUUUAUGCAUUUGAAAUUUUGUGAUUUUUUUUUCUGUCCAUAUUCCAAGAGAAUUUAUUUGCACUGUGAUAUCUGCAAAAUAUGAAAAGAAAAAAAUGUUUUUAAUAAGUUUGUUUUAGUGCUAUAUUCGUUUCACAUACCACUGUUCAUUAUAUUCACCUUUCAUACAGGUCAUAAUUUAUAUUUGCGUACUUGUUUUAUUAUUGUUGUUAGUGUUGUUAUCUCCCUUGACUCUGAAAACUUGAGCAACCACUGUUUGGCUCAAAGAGUGUAGCACGAUAUACAAAGAGAAUCUAUUUAUAGAAAUUCUUUGUACUGGUUGUUUAAAUAGCUGAUAAAAGCUCUAAAUCAUUUAGCAUGCCUGAGCUGAAAGCUCAAGUGAGCUUUUCUGAUCGGAAGUUUAGAGCUGAAAUGAAUAUCAAAAAUCAAUAUUUGAAUAUUUAGGACUACUAGUUGUAUUUGAAUAUUCAUGAAAAGAUUUAACUUUUUAAAAAUAAACUUUCAGAUUCUGGAACCCUUAUGAUUAACUACAAUGAAUUUAUUAAUUGGUUUCUUAUAAGUGUUAUAAUGACGAAAUUUUCACAUCUCACAAAAAAUGUCAACAAUUCAAUAUACUAGUAUGUGAUAUAGAUAUCAAUUGCAAGUAUUCAAAGAUUUGUUUCAGCUCUACAAAAGUCGCAUGUCGUUUGUAUGUCUGUAAGCUUAACAUUUUCUACUUCUACUUGGAAACACAGGGAUAACUUCUACCAAACUUGGUACAAAGCAUUCUUUGGUGAAGGGGAUUCAAAGGACACACACAUUACUAAGGGAGAUUAUGAAAAAAAAUAUAUGUAUAGUGAAAAUAGGGUGGGGUGUUUUAAAUCUUUCUCUAAGAACCAUCAAUCUAAUAAAGAUUUUAGAUUGUUUAAAUCAUGAUCCGUGGAGGUAGGUUUGGGCCACGAAGGGGAUGUUAAAGUUUUACAUAGGAAUUUAUAAGAAAAUUAUUUAAAAAUCUUCUCAAGAAACUACCAGGGUUUACUUUAUCCAGUUAUAUGCAAGCAUCCUCAUGUAGUGCAGAUUCAAAUUGUUCACACCAUUAAGCCCAGAGUCUUAUCAGACCACAAAGGAGUUUUACUUGUGAAUAUAUAGGAUUAUUUUCAAAGUUUACUUUUCAAAAACUACAAGGGUACAAUAUGUCAAAUAUAAUAUUACAUGAUAGAGUGCUUGUGUAGUAUGGAUUCAAGUUUGUUCACACCAUACUUUGUUGGGCAAGAUUAGGGCCUUGUUUUGCUGAGGGAAAUGUUACUCGGGUGAGCAGUGUGGCCCAUGGGCCUCUUGUGAAACUCUGUUUUUAGUUAUUUUUGUGUACUAGUAUUUGAUGUGUUCUCUGAUAUAUCUGUUUGUGAAAUGUUUUGUGUUUUUACAGAUUUUGUCUUGGACUAUAUAUCUCCCAUAUGUCAGGGUAAAAAUGUGUAUUAAUUUAUUUCAUGCUACGCUCAGCUACUUAAUAAUUUGAGCUUGGUUUCUCCUGAAUGUAGAUGAACAUCAGCCACUUUGGCAGUUUGCAUGAGACUGUCUGCUCUACUAUUUAACAAUAUCAUGAUAGUACUUCUGUCUUUCUGAAUUUUGGAAACAAUCAGUAAUAGUAGAUACAAUCAAGUGUUUAGUUUGACUAGUAUUAAUUGCAGAUUACUGUGAAAUCUCUAAUUUUCAUAAUGUAAAGUUUUUGUGGAAUCAGAAUUGAUAUUUUUUGUGGAUUUUUUAUUUCAUGAUAGUACCAAGUCACAAGCUCAUGUUGGCUACUAUUAAGUGGAAUCUUGAUUUUGUGGCUGGUUACUUUCUCCUGUUCAAGAAUUGUAGAUGAAAACAGCAAAAAUUAUACACCUAUGAAUAAUAGUGAUUUCACAGUGAAUUUCAUUUGAAAGGAAAAAUGGGAUGUGUAUUCAGUUUUGUUUUCAAUAUUAUUAUACUGAGAGAAAUUGCAUACAUACCUGCUUCUUAUGUCGAAAUGAAAAAGGAGACUAGUGUUCCCGAUGUAGUGUAAGAUUCUAGGAAUGGGUAAACUGCUGUGUAAUUGUAUGUACACUGAGCUCUGUUAUGUUGUGUUGUUUUAGGUGAGAGAAUCUUUAAUUAUUUGUUUUAUGGAUUAAAGAUAAUGGGUCAGAUGAGUAGAUAAAAGAGAAAUAAUCAAAAUCAUUCAAAAAUCAAGUUGUAUUGUGAAAAAGUCUAAGCAUGUUUGUUAUCCAAUUUAGGUUUUAUUAUAUGUUAUCCAAGUGUUCGUAAUUUGCUUUCUAUGUUCAUGUAUUACCAAAUUGCGCGUGUGUGUGUGUGGGGGGGGGGGGGGGGGGGGGGGGUUAAGAUAGGUAGUAUGCAAUUGUUAAGAGUUAUUUUCAGUUUUAUUUUUAUUUCAAUUAUGAACCUAUUAAACAAUAAAUUAAUUUUUUUCUCACCUUGCGUAUCAUUUUAGAGAGACUGUGAUACUGUUGAAUUUUAUCAUAUUUUGAGACUGAUAUUAUAUGAUAGAUCAGUGUUAUAAGCAGAUAAUGCUGUUAUACUUGUAUAUCGGUUUGUCCCAGCUCCUUAAGUAAAGUCUUUUACUAUCUUCAUCACAGAUGAGGUGAUUUUAGAAUGGGUUAGAAGUAAACUUUGAAUAUCCAUAUUGUGCAGUAUUAAGAUGAAGAUAUAUAUUAUAUAUCAGUAGACACUUCCAGUUAUUUUAUGGUAAUAUCAUGGAUACAUAUAGACAUUUUAUGGAAUAUUACCUGUACUUGGGUGCAUCCUCGGACUUCGUAUCAUUAGAGGGGUGUCAUUUCCAUAUCAUGCUACAGACACUCAACUAUAUGAUUGUGAAAGUUGUACAUAUUGACAAAUGUUAGAAAAUAAAUAUUACUGAGGCUAAAAUUCUAA